GUACGUGUUUGCUGCCGAAUAAACGCUAGGGGACACACUAGCUAACACGGUCUCACGUAUUAACUAGCUCGUUGUGCUGGUCAUGGCCGCGGCGCCGCACGUCGUCAUCCUCACGAGCUCCGGCUUGGGCCACGUCCUCCCGGUUUCCGAGCUGGCGAAGCGCCUCGCCGUGCACCACGGCUUCACCGUCACAAUCGUCACUUACGCCAGCCUGUCCACGCCCGGCCACUCCUCGCCGCUCGCCUCCCUCCCGCCGGGCGUCUCCGUCGCCGCGCUCCCGGAGGUGUCCAUCGACGACCUCCCCGCCAACGCGCACUUGGUGACUCGCAUCCUCACCGUCAUCAGUCGCGCCCUGCCAGCGCUACGCGACCUACUACGCUCCCUCCUCGACCUCCCAGCGGGGAUCACCGCCUUGGUGACCGACAUGCUUUGCCCCGCCGCGCUCGCCGUCGGCAAGGAGAUGGGUCUGCCUGGGUACGUCUUCUACACCUCUAGCCUCAUGUCUCUGUUAUCGUUUCUCUACAUCCCGGAGCUCGCCAGGACCACCACCUGCGAGUGUCGCGACCUCCCGGAGCCCGUGCUGCUCCCCGGGUGCGUGCCGCUACACGGCGCCGAUCUCCUCGAGCCCCUCCAGAACCGCUCCGACCCCGUGUACCAGCUCAUGAUCGAGCUCGGGCGGAACUACCUCCUCGCGGAAGGCUUCAUCAUCAACACCAUGGACGCGUUGGAGCACGAGACGCUGCUGGCGUUCAAAGAGCUUUCUGACAAGGGCGUCUACCCGCCAGCGUAUGCUGUGGGUCCAUUCACCCGGCGGCGGUGCCCCGACUCCAACGAGGCUAAGCACAGCUGCUUACGGUGGCUGGACAACCAGCCGGAUGGCUCGGUCUUGUACGUGUCCUUCGGCAGCGGCGGCACGCUGUCCACGGCGCAGACGGCCGAGCUGGCGGCUGGGCUAGAGACGAGCGGACAGAGGUUCCUCUGGGUGGUGCACCACCCCAACGACAAGGACAGCAGCGCGGCCUACCUCGGCACUGCCGCUACCGACACCGACCCGCUGAGCUAUCUGCCGGACGGGUUCGUCGAGCGGAUGAACGGUACAGGGCUCCUUGUGCCACUGUGGGCGCCACAGGUGGAGAUCCUUAACCACGUCGCCAUGGGAGGGUUCAUGUCUCAUGGCGGAUGGAACUCCACGCUGGAGACCGUGGCGGCAGGCGUGCCGAUGGUGGCGUGGCCGCUCUACGCAGAGCAGAGGAUGAACGCAGUGAUGCUGUCAUCGGAUCGGGUGGGCCUGGCUUUGUGGGAGAGGCCUCCCCUCGGUAAGGACGGAGCGGUUGUCGCGCUGGAGGAGGUGGCGGUGCUGGUCAGAGAGCUUAUGGAAGGGGAGAAGGGUGCCGCGGCGCGGAAAAAGGCCGGUCACCUCCGGGAUGAGGCCAAGAUUGCUUCGGCGCCGGGCGGGCCGCAGGAUCGAGCUCUCGCGAUAGUGGCUGACAUGGUAUCCUUGCAUCGGAGGAGCCACGAAAUGAAGAUAGUACGGCAAAAUUUCAAACCAAAAUAGCCCAAUGAAUAUCGUCGUUAAAAUAUUAUGCAUUGAAGGCAUGUAGCAAUCGACAAUAUCAAUUUAAUAGCCCCAUGAACGGAUGAGGAUCGUUUGGCUCUCUGGUGCACCAUCAACCGAAAUUGGUACCACUAUUGAUUACUAUGAGAUGGCAAUAAUCAAGUUCACUUUUGUAGUGCAGACAUGUAACUACUCCUGCUAUAAUACACUGCAUUAUUGCAUAAUAGUACAAGCACAUGCAGCUAGUUAAUGCGCCUGAAAUGAAUGAUACAUGCAGCUAGCUAGUUAAUGCACUUUUACACGAUCUAGUUACAUUACACAAUGUGAUCUUUUCUACAGUCUUUUUGAAUUUCUGAACAUUUGUUGGCUGCAAACUAUGACGCACAUACAAUGGUUUCGGUAUAAUCAUGAGAAUGUUCUCAGUGUAAUUUUGUAUGAGAGAAACUCUUAGGGUAAUCGUUGGAGUGCUACCUUUUGAGGCAAUUGAUUUCCAUAAAAAUAUCAUAAUUUUUUUAACUUAACACUUGGCAAGGGAGUCGGGGGUGUGUUGGUAGAUAGCGGGGCCAAAAUUUCAACCCAGAAUAGCCCAGUAAUAACGGGGCAGGUUUUCAAGCCCGGCAUAGUCUACCAUCUUAGCAUAAAAUAUGUUGAAAAUAACGGGAGCAGCAUUUCUACUGGCAAAUUAAGUGUGCGCGUUCAGUGUGGCAACGGGAGCAGAGAGGCAUACUGUGUGGUGUGGCGGCUAUGAAAUGGAAGAUUUAAUAUGCAAUGUUCAUCUAUUGUGUGCUUGAGGCAUCAGUCCCUCAUGAGAGAAGAAGCUGCAUCAUCUGAGGAACGUCUGAAGAUGUCUCAUACACAUAAGUGCCGUGGCAAAACAGCUGAGUCCAAUUACAAGCUGCAGAAGAGUUGGGUUUAUCAUCAAUCUUGUUACAACAGUUUCACCGUGUGUCCAACUUCACUUACCUGGGUCCAUCAUCAUGUCUGAUACAGUUGAGAAGAAGAAGAUGAAGAAAACGAUAUACAGCCACAAUUGUCGAUUGACUGGAACUGUAAAUUUCAUUGUCAUGUUCAGUUAGGCAGGGAACAGCAACAUGGAUGUUACGGCAACCGAGGCUAUAAGUAGCAUGAAAACAAGAACGACGUGUACACAGCCAUGGCCAAGUGAAUUAUGUAGAUUGUCACGCGCCAUCUUGUCAGAAAGGGAUCACAUCUAUUUGCGAGCUA